AUGCAACUAGCAUUUAAUUCAAUAAAGCAGACGACACCGAACCGUCAUCAUUGUCUUCCAGUUUUUCAGUCGCUGUUUUUGUUCUUCUUCGCAUAUGUCCGUCCAAAAGAUAACAUAUUCGCACGCGCAUUUUCCCUGUUCCGUAAUAUCUCUCUCUCUCUCUCUCUUUCUCUCUCUCUCUUUCUCUCUCUCUCUUUCUCUCUCUCUCUCUCUCUCUCUCUCUCUCUCUGGACUCUUAAGACCUCCCCAUCUGCUUUUAUUUCUCUCUGUCCACUUGUUAGCAGCCAUCUUCUUUUUCCCUUUCUUUUCAUCUUUUAUUCUAUUCCCAUUUCUUUCUGCUUGCUAUCUCACACUAUCUAUCUAUCUAUCUAUCUAUCUAUCUAUCUAUCUAUCUAUCUAUCUAUGAUUCAUCUUACCCUUUACGACUUGGCAGAAAAUUUUCUCUCGCCUUCAGAAGAGAAGAGUAAAGCUGAGAAGAUAUAUGUCUUGGCUGGCGUGCUACGUGAAAGAACGCCUUCUCGUCUUGUCUGCCAACAGGCUGUGGGUGGAUGGGCAAUUCGACGGACGGCUCAGAAUCGGAGAUUGGUGGCACUGCUGCACAUAUGUCUUUUUGAAGUUACCCCCCCACUCAUUAUGCCUUCUUGUCUUUCAAGACAGCAGGUCAUAAAUAUACCUCUUUUUCACAUGCUUCUUUUCUUUCCUUCAUCGUUAAAGAGUAACACUUUCACAUGCAUCAUCCCUGUCACCAUCAUCCCCAUAGACAUCAAUCACGUAUGUACCCAUCUUAAUCGAAAGAUUGUCCUCACAUCAGAAUUUGUUGUGAGGCACAUUCUUCCCACCGUCAAUUUCUCCCAGUACGUCUCUUUCUAA